GUUUUCCCAAAGGACGCCGAAACCCCAAUUCAGCACCCCCGACCGACGCACCAUCCACCGCCCGCGUCGUUCCAGUGCAUGCGCAUUCGAUGAACAAAUACGAAGUGCUUGGGAUUGUGGGCGAAGGAGCGUACGGUGUGGUGCUGAAAUGCCGCAACAAAGAGAACGGUGAGGUCGUGGCGAUCAAAAAGUUCAAGGAGAGCGAGGACGACGAAAUUGUGCGCAAGACGACGCUGCGGGAGGUGAAGCUCUUGAAGAUGCUCAAGCAAGAAAACAUUGUCAACCUCAAGGAAGCGUUUCGACGGAAAGGCAAGCUCUACCUGGUCUUUGAGUACGUCGAACGAAAUCUCUUGGAAGUACUCGAGGAAAAACCCACUGGACUCGACCCUGAGCUCGUCCGCCGGUAUAUCUAUCAACUCAGUCGCGCAAUUCACUACUGCCACGAAAAUGGCGUCGUGCACCGCGACAUCAAGCCAGAGAACCUCCUCGUAAACCCGAAUUCGGACCACUCGCUCCGGCUGUGCGACUUUGGCUUUGCCCGUAUGAUAGCCGAGUCCCAGUCGCAAGAACUCACAGACUACGUUGCGACGCGGUGGUAUCGGUCGCCCGAGCUCCUCCUCGGAUCCACCAAGUACGGCAAGAGCGUCGACAUUUGGGCGAUUGGAUGCAUCAUGGGCGAAUUGCUCGAUGGUCAGCCGCUCUUUCCCGGCGAGAGCGAGAUUGACCAGUUGUACAUGAUCCAGAAAAUGCUUGGCCCACUCACCCCUGACCACAUGGAGCUCUUUCUGUCCAACCCGAGGUUCGCCGGCCUCAAGUUUCCCGACAUGACGCGCCCCGAAACGCUUCAGAAACGAUUCGUGGGCAAGAUCCCAAAGCGCGCCCUCGGGUUUCUCAAGGGCGCAAUACAACUCGGACCGGACGAGCGCAUGACGGCCACCGAGUGCAUCAACCAUCCGUACUUCGAAGGGCUCGAAAAAGAGAUGGACGAGCUCAAGUGGAACAACCAGCCGAGCCCCGUGCUCAUCAAGCCAUCAAAGGACAACGACUUGCUGUCCUCGACCGCCGCCGCUACUCUCCCCUUGGACGACGCGCCUCCGUACACAGCCACCCCUUCGUCGUCAUCAUCUUCACUUCUCUUUGACAAGUCGCAAAAGGCACGAAAGGAAAGUCCGCCACAAGUGCAGAGCACACACGACAGUGCCGCCUCGUCGUCAAGUACAUCCAGGUCCAAGAAGGACCCGGGGAAGAAGAGACGGGAGAAUCAACGGUCCAAAGACAAAGCAUUGUCCAGCGGUACAUCGGACGAGAUUGUGACGGGUGGAAAGGAGGCGCGGGGCGUUGUGCGCUCCGUCGAGUACGGCAAUGGCGAUGGCGCGAUUGUAGAGGCUGACUACACAGACUUGACCACAGCCAUGCCAAAAGACAAGGAUGGAAGCAUGUCGUCCAGCUCAAGCCGCAAAAAGUCGUCGGCGAAGGGAUCCAAACCGCCACGGGCACCCCCAUCUCAACUAGCUGUCGCCGAGGAUAAAUCCAUGGCAUCCUCCUCCCAGCCAUCCAUUGCAAAACCCAGUUCGAAAUCCACCAAGUCGAUCCCUGCCGCCCUGUCGACUCCACUGUCGUCAUCGCCCCCCAGCGGCACCUCGAUUCCCAUCAACUCGAAAUCGCCUGCAUCUUCGUCAUCCACACAGCCACCACCAUCGUCCGACCCGGCCAUAUCUGGUCGGCGGAAGAAGUCGACGUCGUCGCUGCACAAAGCCGAGAGCAAGUCGUCGAGCACCGCUUCCAUGUCUAGCUCAUCCCAUAAGCGAGCUCUGAAAGACCCCAUGUCCUUUGACGCGAAAACUGCCAAGUCUGUCACGGCGCUGCCCAAGUACCAAAAAGAGUCCAAGCAUUUGCCGCACCUGGCAUUCGGCGCAGGAGGGGACGACUUGGACUGUACGAACGGCAACGAGAGCGAUUCGGAAGCGUUGUGCAGCAUACGCAAGUCUAGCCCACACCACCACCAGUCGUCGUUCCAGUACCAUGGCGGGCUGCAGCCGCUGCGCAACGGGCCGUCCGAUCCAGCCAAAGAUACUGGCAACUCGACAAGCUCCUCCAGUACAGCUAGGACAAGUAACUUAUAAUGCCGCGACAGUGCUCCCGU